UGGUGUCCAACGCCUGGUUAGAGACUCUGCUAUCUGUGUGUGGCUGUCUCCCAAAAGAUGUCAUAAAAAGAGAGAUUUUAGGUAUUGCAGUUGCCAAAGGCCAGUUGUCCCAGUCUGUACAGUCCAGACUGGCCAGCUGUAAGAUUCUAGGAAGGGUAGCCACCAAGUUUGAACCAUACAUAAUCAAGAAAGAGAUUCUUCCAUUGGUCACAGCCCUCUGUCAAGACAUAGACUACGAGGUGCGGGGGUGCAUGUGUCGACAGUUGGACAGUGUAGCAAGAGCUUUGGGGUUGGAAAAUACGAAGAGUGCAAUAUUACCAGAGUUAGUGGAGCUGGCCAAUGACGAGGAAUGUUUUGUACGACACGCGGCGUUGGACGCUGUAGUCAAUCUUCUCAAUCUCCUGGACGAUGACACAUGUACCCAGACCAUCGUGCCAUUGGUGUGUAAGUUCUGCGAGCGCUCCAUGGAGGCAGAUGACACGACCCUCCCACAUGUGGCAGAACAGUUCGGCCGCUUGUGCCAUGGCCUCUCAGUUAAUGUGGAUGAGCAGCAGCAGGCGUGGCUGUUGGAGUUCUACACCCAGCUGUGUAUCCAGGGGAGGAUGCGAGACGCCCAGUCCCCCCCUCCCCCUCCCCGCACCCCCUCCAGCAUCUGUGAUGAGGACAGGUGUGCAGAGUGUCGCAGGAACGCUGCUUACAACUUCCCUGCCAUGGUUUUAUUUGCUGGGCCCAAGAACUUCAAGGUUGAGCUGUACAACUGUUUUGUCAGUCUGUGUGAGGAUCCACACUACAUAGUUAGACGAACAAUCGCUUGUGGAUUUCAUGAGGUGGCCAAGUUACUAGGUUCCCAUGUACAAUUAAUCCAGCAGGAGCUGGUCACGUUACUCAAUGAUAAUUAUAUACAGGUCUUAGAAGGAAUAGUUCCACAUCUUCCUGAGACUUUAGAGAGCUUAGUAAAAGGCGUAGGAGGAGGACUGUCAGAAGCUAGGACAAUGCUGUACUCCACCAACCGGCACCAGAUCAGUAACCAUGCCGACCUGGUGCAGUCACUGCUGACGUGUGAGUACCUGGUGGCUGCCUGUAGCCAGUGGAGACUGCACCUGACCAUGAUGCAGCGCCUGGCCUGCGUGGUCCGAGUCUUCACCAGUGACCAGAUCUACAGCAAGUUCGUGCCAGUUCUGUUCCAGAGACUCACCCUUGCGAGAGUACUUCCAGUGAAGCAGGCGGCCGGGCGGACGUUAUGUGUCAUCAUCAGGCACAACCGCAGACAGGAGCACAGGCAGGAGCUCAUCUGUAGACUUAUAGAAGCCCUGUGUCACUCCAACAAGUACCAGCUGAGGAUGCUGUUUGUGGAUGUGUGCUGUGAUGUCAUGGAACUCUUCUCACGCAGAUUUUUCAAGGAGUACUUCUUUGAGUUUGUCCUGAACCUUGCCCAUGACCCUGUGGCAAAUGUCAGGUUAAAGCUGUGUUCGCUGCUGCCUCGGCUGAAGACCCAGAUCAAGUUACCGGGGGACAGACAGCUCCUGCAGCAGCUGGAACACUGUGUGCGGAGACUGCUGUCCCACGAGAGGGACCGUGACGUUGCUGCUGCUAUUAGGAAGUCUGUCUUCGAGCUGGACAAGAUUCAAGUUGCCAUGGAAACUUUAACACAGAGAAUGUUUAUGGAGGAAGACUUGAUGGACCAGAAAAAGGAGGAAGAGGAAAAGAUGUUGUUAGAGCUGGAGGAAAGGGAAAAGAAGGAGCAUGAACAAACAAAGGGCAAGAACACGGAGAAGGGGAAAGGCAAGGGGUCCAAGGGGCAAGGCAGGAGAGGUGGGGACAAAUCCAAAGAAGCUAAGGCUGCGGCUGCGAAAGAGGCGUCGCCCACCAUGCCACGCAGCAACAGCCUUUCUCAUGUCUCCUCGAGUAAUAACCUGUCUCCAGGCCAGAGAGGGGCCCACAACAGAGGCCACAGAACUUCAGUGGGCAAGACCAACUCCAGCGAGCUGCCAUCUGCCUCCCCCAAGCUUAGUAAACACUCCUUACACUCGGGCUCCAGUGAAAACAUGACCAGCCCAGGACUCACCAGGAUAGUUUCGCCACACAGGAUAGUUUCAUCUGUCCAAGACAAAAAGAACAGAAAGUACUCUCUGGGAAGCAAGGAAGACCGAAUAAAAAGGACCUCUAGCAACAGCCCUGUAGCAGGAGUCUCAACUUCUCACAGCAAGAAAUCUUCACUAAAAAAGAGUAGCCACAGCCUGACUAACCUGGCAGCCAGCUCUUCCGGCCAUGGGUCUCCUAAGGGUGGCUCAACACCCACACACACAAGGAAGAAAGGCUCCCAAGCCAGAUAGGACCACGAUGCAGUGAUGGGAGCCCCCGUGUACAUACUUCUAGGAGGAAUGCUAAAUGUGCAGUACCUUACUUACAGUAGGACAGAUGAAUAACACCUUACAGCACGCUGAAAAAUCAAGCUUCACCAUGUUUGAUUUUGAGACGCAAAUGUUGCAUAUUGAGUUUUUAGGACUGUUUGUGAUCAACAGCUUUCUUCUGGCUGUGAAAAAAGCAUAUCAUUCAUGUAACGGGAAAAAAUUGGAACGUUGGAUUCUUUCCGAUGAAUUUGUGUAAAAUUUUGGCACUUUUGUUUCAAGUAGGUCUGGAGAAGGCUGUUAGUCACAUGUUGUGAUUUGAUGGUUCAAGGCAUUUCUCAUAUAUGAAAACACUUGGUUGAGAUUUCACACCUUAAGUGGGGUCCUUACCUGUAAUUAAUUACAUAUACUUCUAUCAGAAAGUGGUGUUCAGAUGUUGCUUUUAGGUCAGGUUAAUGCUUGAAACAUCUUUUGAUAUUCUGCAACGAGUCAGAUUCCAUCCACUUCUAGAUUCAGCUGGACCAUGCAAUAUUGCUGAGAUUGCCUUGAUUUACAUUGAUACUUAAAUGUCUAACUCACUUUUUCAUGUCAGUAUGUUUUAUGUAAUAUGAGAAAAAUAAUUUGAUUUUGUGACAUUUUUUCUAAGGUAUUGCAGUUAUUGCCUGGUUCAGGUGAAUUUAAUUUCAAAGAAGAGAUUGAGCCAUAUUGGCACUGAUGUAUACUUCUCUGUAGGUUUUCUUCAUUUAUAAAAUAAGACUAACUCACAUGGUCAAAGCCACUUCUCACAAAGGUUUACCUCAUAAGCAAUAUGAGAUUGAUGAGUCGUUAAAAUUCCAGUCAGAAAGUUAACCUCUUUUUUAACGACAAGAUGCCAUCAGCUGUUAAACAUAUGAUUGGGAUGCAUAAAGUUGCAAGAGAGAUGUUAAGCAUUGGCUUUGGAGGAAGGCCAUGUUUGUUUUCUAUUGAUGCUGAAACAUUAAAAAGUGUAUUUGUUAUUUCGGCCAACCUUUUUUUCUACUUCAGACACUUGUUUUUAAAUUAGUAAUGUACGUCUGGUAGAAGAAAAAUGUCAAGAUUUUUGAAAUUUGUAAACUAUUUUGAAAACAUAACCAUUAGAAAGGAACCCAGGAAGUGUCAUGCGGUCCAAAUCUAUUAGUUGACAGUUAGCUUCAUCAGGGAAUAUAUGGCCACAACUUACUUUUAUCCAAACCGCCUCUUAAUGAAAUGAUUUCUCCAAACCUGAGAUUCAAUAUUCAACGUUACUUCAGGACGAACUGCCACAGCCGGAAGGAGAAUUCUAGUCUUGAGAAAUAUUGUAUGAUAUUGAAUGUUGGUUUGCAAGUGGUUUCUAGUUGCCCCAUUGUGAUGGGAUAGUUUUGUUGUUGUACAUGUAUGUAAAUUUUGUUUGUAGAAACUUAAGGUGAUGAUUACUUGCCUUUAAGUGUAGGUCUCUAAAUAAGGUGCAUGCAGAAUGCUGUCAUUGUAAUUUACUAGUAGUGCUAGUCUCUACCAGACUCCGGGUCGCUGGAAAACCGUAGAAAUUGAACAAAUAGACGAGUAAGCCGGCCAGAGGAGUAUAGCCGGCUAGGGAAUAGCGCGCGACCUACGGAGUCUGUGAGGGGUCGCUAUCUUGUUUGAUGUCCGCAAAUCCGUAGGUCGGGCGCUGUUCCUUAGCCAGCUAUACUCCUCUGGCCGGCUAACUCCUCUAUUUGUUCCAUUUCUACGGUUUUCCAGCAACCCGGAAUCUGGUAGAGACUAAUUUAGUGCCACAAAUAUCUAGCCACUGCACAAACUGCCUUCCAUGCUGCCAUAGCAAACAUGUAAGGUGAUGCACAUUUUAUGUAGAUUACGUUAUUGCUUGUGCACAUAGUUCGUAACGUUGUAUCUGCCUGGUGAGCACUUGCCCAUAGUUUAAUGUUUGGUAAGUAAGUGCAAUAUAGAUGGAUGGUUGCCAUUUGGACUAGCAGCCACCUACAUUACAAGCUGCAUGGACUCUUUUCUCUGCAGUUUAUGCCAAUGGGAAGAAAUUGCCUCAGUGAGGUUGACAGGUUAUGCGCUAGUUUGGUCCCUUUUAACGUGUUUGUUUCUGCUACUGAAAUAUCUAUGCCUCCACUGGAGUAAACAUGUCUAAAACCAAGGAUUGCAAUGAUGGUGAAAUUGUGACUUAUGAAGGGGGCAUGUGUGCAACCAGUUGCUGUGGAAUAAACCAUCUUUGAUUUUAUGGUUGGACCACACCAUUUUUAUUUGUUGCUUCUUGGAUUCACCUGUCCAUUUUUUCCCAUUUUCAAAAAAAAUUAAGUCCAGAGAAAAAAUGAUACAGGUUUUGCUAUCACGAACCUGUAAAUAUUACCAUUCAGAGCCACAUACACAUAAUUUCAGUCCAAAAACAAUGCCUUUUAUUCAGAACAUUAGCAACAAACCUAAGGAGAUUCAUUGUGUAAAACAUGCCAUUAAACUCCUCAGGCUGUUUUUUUGUUGUUCUUUAAGCCAUAUAUCUUCAGAUAGACGAACAGAUCUUCAGAUAGACGAACAGAGUCCAAUGAUGAUGAAUGAGGAUAUCUUCAACCCAGACUAUUUGGAAAAAAAUUAAUUUUUUUUUUCGACCUGUCGGUCCAAUUCUUUCUGGAAAAUCCGAGAAGCAAUAAAUAAAUUUGGUGUGGCCUUAUCCAGAUACCAUCCAAGAAGGGACACACAGUCAUGUAUUGGGCAUUCCUGUGGAGGAAGAUAAAACUCUACCAGAGCUGUAGAUAUAGAUUAAAUGUUUUCCUGUACAGAUGAGAAAAGAAGAUAAAUUGAUGCUGCAGAACAAACAAAAAUAGAGGAAAAAAAGGCACAGAUUAAACAUGUGUAUAAAUUUUCCAUUGCUGCCACUGGGGUGUAGAUAGAUGGAAUGAUGUAUGGAUGCUGCAUGAAUCGUUACGCUUUGCACAGAUGUCAGUUAUGGGUUUUGUAAUAAAAGCAAAGAUUAUUGACUAA